AAGCUCGGCAAUUCGGCCGCCCACGAAGCGGCGUUGCAUGGGCACCUGGCGACGCUGCAAUGGCUCGAGAUGCGCCACGUGAGCCUGCAUCUACGCAACAACGAGCAUCACUCGGUGGUGCACUACGCUGCCCACGGCGGGCACGUUGCCCUUCUCGCAUGGAUGGCCAAGAAGGACCCGUCCCUGCUCCUGCACUGUGACAAGCGCGGCAAUGGCAUUGCGCACUACGCUGCGAGCAAAGGCUCGGCCGCCGCGAUGCAGUGGCUCGCAGAUGCGCACGUGCAUCUAAAAGCACGCAACGACAAGGGUCAGACGCUGGUGCACAUUGCGGCGGCAGCCAACAACGUGGCCAUACUAGCGUGGUGUGACGGCAAUGACCUGGACAUGAAUGUUGUCGAUCGCCAGGGGCAAACGCCCGCGCAUCUGGCCGCGCGCCGCUGCUACAUCCAGACUGUCAUGUGGCUCGGUGACCACGGCUGCAACCUCUUUGCUCUGGAUCACGCGGGGUGUUCGGCCCUUGACGUUGCUCGACAAGGCAGCUUGGACCACGCCAACGAGCUGCACGCGUACUUGCGACGCAUCCAAAACUCGAACCAAUUGUGGGUUGACGACGCCGACCACGAGCGUUCAAAGAAGGCGGCGGUUCAAGCCCCGUCCGUACCAUCGGCAAAGAACGAGACGGUCCAUAGCGCGGCGAAAGCGCUCCAGGCGCAGCUCACGAGCGCGCUGCUCGCACGCAACAUUACGGACGCCGACUUUGCCUACACGUACUUGGCAAGUCACUUUCCGGAGACACUCAGCGGCCUCUCCGAGCAUUUGGAUUUGGCGCCCGCCGAGCUCGCGACGACGUUGGCGUCCAUCGCCAAGUGGAGCCUCUACCAUCGUCCGCAAUGCGAAAAUGACGACGACGACAACCAAGCGACCCAUGGAUAAAUCGUCAGGAUCAACAGAUACAAGCAACAUUUAUGAUCUUUUAAAUAUUCUAGUGUUAUUUUCUGAAGUGGACA